AGGCUCGGCCCUCCCCCUUGGCGGGACUUGCCUGGACCACAGGCGCCAUGGCCACCUUUGUGGAGCUCAACACCGAGGCCAAGAUGCCCACUGUGGGGCUGGGCACCUGGAAGUCGUCCCCCGGCCAAGUGGCGGAGGCAGUGAAGGUGGCAAUCGAUACCGGAUAUCGUCACUUCGACUGCGCUCACGUCUACCGGAACGAGAACGAAGUGGGGGACGCCAUUCGGCAGAAGAUCAAGGAGGGGGUGGUGAAGCGAGAGGACCUCUUUAUCGUCAGUAAGCUGUGGUCCACGUUCCACGAGAAGCACUUGGUGAAGGGGGCCUGCCAGAAGUCACUCAGCGAGCUCCAACUGGAUUACCUCGACCUGUACCUCAUUCACUGGCCUAUAGGAUUUAAGGCUGGGGAGGUAUUCAUGCCUUUGGAUGAGGAAGGCCACAUCAUUUCCAGCAACACCAGCCUCGUGGACACGUGGGAGGCCAUGGAGGAGCUGGUGGACGCCGGGCUGGUGAAAGCCAUCGGAGUCUCCAACUUCAACCACGAGCAGAUCGAGAGGAUCUUGAACAAACCGGGACUGAAGUACCUGCCGGCCACUAACCAGGUGGAGUGCCACCCGUACCUCACCCAGGUCAAGUUGAUAAAUUACUGCCAGUCCAAGGGGAUUUCGGUAACGGCCUACAGCCCUUUCGGCUCCCCGGAUAGGCCAUGGUCCUGCCCCGUCUCACGCCACGUGCCUGUAAGGGCCAAACCAGAAGACCCUUCUCUCCUGGAUGAUUCCAAGAUUAAGGAGAUUGCAGCGAAGCACAAGAAGACCUCCGCACAGGUCCUGAUCCGGUUUCACAUCCAGCGGAACGUGAUCGCAAUCCCCAAGUCAGUCACCCCGCAGCGCAUUGUGGAGAACUUUCAGGUCUUCGACUUCGAGUUGAGUAAGGAGGAGAUGGGAACGAUCCUGAGCUUCAACAGAAACUGGAGGGCCUGUGGCAUCCAAGCAAAUGAAAAUCACAAGGAUUAUCCCUUCAAAGCCGAAUAUUAAAGCCGGGGUCGUCACCGCCCUCUACAUGAGCCUCUCGCGGAUUUCCCCGGUUCAGUCGCAGAUAUCUGUGUCUUGUGUCUGUGCCUGUACUGCUGGGUUUGGGUCACGCCUGCUAUGCAACAGCAGAUCGAACGGCUGAAAGCUGCAAACCAAUGUGGGGCCCUAGGGUGUGGCUUUGUGUCUUGGAGCAGCGCUAAAUUUAAAAUAAGGGCAGGCCCUGAACUCCCCCACUCCAGGGGCGGGCACCGAACGGCUUAGGGAGAGAGAAUUCUGCAGAUCAAACCACGUAGCCAUUAUGUCAUCAGAAGGGCAGUUUUCUUUCCUUUUGUAACGGCUGGAUUUCUGUUGCUCACAGUUGAAUUUCUUCUCCGGGGCUUCACAGUUUGUAGAUUUUCUGUUUCUAUUAAAACGCAUUCACGUUA